GCGUCACCAAUCGCGGCGCGCGCGUGGAUUUUGAAGUCGGCGCCGCCGUCCGGGGCAGGGGGACGCGAUUCGUGUUAAAAUAUAAAAUAAAAUACCGCAAAAUGUCAACGAAACAAUCACGGUGAUAGUUAUAACUCACUGCCGGGCGUGAGCAUUUAUUUAUAAUUGUAAUUGUGUAUCGUCAUCAUCACCGGCCAUGAUCUACCCACUGCGAGGUGACGGCCGCCCCAAGCCGCCGCCACUGCCCGCGACGUUUCUCAUCCGCCUGGCGCCUUCACCAGGGGCCGUCUAAUCGCUCCAUCUCCCCGCACUGCGGUGGUGGUGGUGGCGGCGGCGGCGGCGUUGGCAGCCCUCCUGCUCUUCACGAGUUGUUGUCAACACACCGCACCGCUCACCCGGGCGCCAUGCCCUUAGGGGAUGCUGCUGCUGCUGCGAAGAAUGGAGACGCAAAGCGCUUCGGCCAGAUGGAGUACACGGCCGUGGAGUACCAGGCGAUCCAGUCGGCGCUGCGCAAGCGCCUGGGCACCGACUACAUCAGCCAGCGCCAGGGCCCCGGCGGACAGAAGCUUAACUAUGUCGAGGGCCACAAGGUGGUCAACCUCGCCAACGCGAUGUUCGGCUUCAACGGCUGGUCCCACUCCGUGUCACAGCAAAACAUCGAUUUUGUAGAUUUUGUCGACGGAAAAUACUAUGUGGGCGUCAGCUCUUUUGUCAAGGUGGAGUUAAAGGACGGCGCCUACCACGAGGAUGUUGGCUACGGGGUGAGCGAGGGGCAGCGUUCCAAGGCGCUGUCGUUGGAGAAGGCGCGCAAGGAAUCUGUGACGGACGGACUCAAGAGGUCGCUCAGGUCCUUUGGUAACUGCUUGGGUAACUGCAUCCAGGACAAGGAUUACCUGAAAUGCAUCAACAGGCUGCCCAAGCCCCCAGCGCCGGCGUACGGCCCCGCCGAUAUCAAGAACCCCAACCAGGAGGCGCAACUGGAGCUGGCGCGCGUCUCCGGCAUCAACCAGUCGUGGCGCCGGCAAGCGGCCCGGCACAUGGCUGCAGCGCAAGCCGCCGCCGCCGCUGGCGACCCCGGACCUGCCGAGAAGACGGCAACGACGGCAGAGGAGGGGUCGGUGUCGACGGAGGAGGAGCAAGGAGAGGUCCCGCCGGGAGGGCCGCAGCCCACUGCCCCGUGCAGGAAGUCGGUGCCCGAGCUGCUGAGCGAGGACAAUCCCGACCAGGGGGCUCCUGGAAACCCCACGAGCACGCACGACAUUCGCUUGCUGCGUAAACAACUCCAGCAGCAGCAGCAACAGCGCUUUCGGCAGAGCAUGGCGAGCAAAGACCAGCGCGGAGAAUCGGGAGAGGCGGCCGCGACAGAUAGCGGGAAGGUACCCACGGGAGCUGAUGGCGGCAGCAGCAGCAGCGUGGUGAAGAAAGCAGAGAACAUCACAUCUGUCGACCGAGAGCUGAUGGAGCUGCUUCAGGGAGACAUGUGCGGGUACGAGGAGCCGACCGACACAGUGGGGCCGAACGCCUGCCCCUUGCCCAUCUCGCCCAGCCACCACGCCAUGGUGACACGCAGCUGCACGCCAAAGAGGCCCGACCGCCGCCGCCCCGACGGACCGCCGCAGCAGAACGCGAACAAUGGGUGCACGGCCGAUGGCAGCCCCAGACACAGGCCAGACGUGGGAGCGUCUGGCCGCACGAGGCACGUGGCCAAGAGGCCGCGCGUGGAGCCUCUGUGAGCGAGGGCGGUGAGGCCGCAGCAGGCCAGAGCAGGCCGGAAGGGCAGGAUGCGCCCAUGACGCUGGGAAGUGGCGCUCACGUGGACCAGCAUCAGCAACCACAAAAGUUUUAAUAAUGAACUCUCAAUCUCUGUAGAUGAAUUAUCCGGUUGGUGGAUUAACCGUGCUUGAUAAUAAAAAAAUACAAUUUUUAGCUGCGCGUUGGUUUAUUAGUUGCUGCUCACUUAACAAGAGCUCGUGACUUGAUGCCCAUGUGAUCGCAAAAAGACCCUGAUAUGAGUUUAAACCGAUAGACAUCGUUGGGCAGGGUGUUCUUUCCAUAGUGUAUAGCUUUUAUAGUAUAAGACAUUGCUUUCACAAUGUGUCAAUAAAGUUUUCAUUUAAAAACAG